UCCUGUGCGAGCCUGAGUCGAAACAGUGGGGAGAGUCGGGGAGAGAGUGCGUUCGACAGAGAGAGAGAGAGAGAGAGGGAGCGCGAGAGACAGACACAGAGGGGGAGGUUGGUUCCUGAUACCGAGACACGGAAAAGCAGGGGAGGGAGAGUGAGAGAGAAAGAAAAGACAGGCGGAGAAAGAGGGAGAGAACAGGGGAAUUACACGAAGGGACACCAAAAAGGCACUGGGGAGGAAGACUCGAGAAUUUAGAACAUCAUCUCUCUGACUGUCACGCCAAAUUGGAGUCAGAAGCAUCGAUAACGCUUUAACACAGACCCCAUGGGUUAACAGACUCUCUUCAGUGAGAAGCGACCUACCAGAUAGUCCAAUGAAUAACAGGAAGGAAGACAUGGAGAUCACUUCCCACUACCGACAGCUCCUCCGGGAGCUGAACGAGCAGCGUCAGCAUGGCAUCCUGUGCGACGUGUGCGUCAUCGUGGAGGGCAAGAUCUUCAAGGCGCACAAGAACGUGCUGCUGGGCAGCAGCCGCUACUUCAAGACGCUCUACUGCCAGGUCAAGAAGGUGUCCGAGCAGGCGGCCACCAUCACGCACCUGGACAUCGUGACGGCGCAGGGCUUCAAGGCCAUCUUGGACUUUAUGUACUCGGCGCACCUUGCGCUCACCAGCAAGAAUGUCAUCGAGGUGAUGUCGGCGGCCAGCUACCUGCAGAUGACCGACAUCGUGCAGGCGUGCCACGGCUUCAUCAAGGCGGCGCUGGACAUCAGCAUCCGCUCGGAGCUGGCCGACGAGCUGGCCGAGUUCGAGAUGGCCGCCGCUGUGGGGUCAGGGGUCGGCGGAGGAGGCGGCGGUGGAGGAGGAGGAGGAGGGGGCGUGGUGGUGGUGCCGGGGGGAGGUGUUGUCGGGGGAGCCUCGGAGGCACUGGCGUCCAUGAUCUCGGGCCGCAGCUCGUCUCCGUGGCUAGCGCGCCGCACCAGCCCGGCCAACUCGUCGGGCGACUCGGCCAUCGCCAGCUGCCACGAGGGCGGCAGCAACUACGGCAAGGAGGACCAGGAGCCGCCCAAGAGCCACGAGAGCCAGGAGGACGCCUGCUCGCAGUCCCUCUGGCCCGCAGACUACCGCUCCGUCCAGGUCAAAGAGGAGCAGGUCUCCCCCUCGAACUUACAGGACGGCCCCGGUGGCGGCGGCAGAGGGGGUGGCAGCGGCGGCCGAGGUGCCCAGAGCGGCGGUGGCCCCCCGGGGGAGCAGGGCGCCGGGGGCGAGGGCGGCUGGCAGCCCUCCGGUUCCGGGCGGAGGAAGAAUCGCAAGAACAAGGACACGGUGCGGCACAUCACCCAGCAGGCGGACGGGGACAGCCGGGCCACGUCGCCACUGCCCUCCAUGCUCGCCUCAGCAGGCUGGAACUUCGGCAACCAGGACAUGCCAGGGUCUGAUGUGACGGAGGCCAAUAGCUCUGACAGCCGCGGUGAGCGCCUGGACUUCUUCGUGAAGCAGGAGGACGGUCUGGUGGCCGAAGGGUCCUUCCUGGGGCCCUCUCUGGGCUCGGAGCGGGAUGAGGGGGUCCCCGGGGCCGCUGGUGGACCGCAGGGCAGUUCGGUGGCCAACUUGCGGGCAGCGCUGAUGAGCAAGAACAGCCUGCUGUCGCUGCGCUCGGAAAUUCUGUCCGAGGACAAUCCCCUGCUGUUCGAAUACCUGCCCAAGGGAUCAGGCCACUCGCUGUCCCUGAACGACUUCACGGUGAUCAGGAAGAAGUUCAAGUGUCCCUACUGCAGCUUCUCGGCCAUGCACCAGUGCAUCCUGAAGCGCCACAUGCGCUCGCACACGGGCGAGAGGCCCUACCCCUGCGACAUCUGCGGCAAGAAGUUCACCCGCCGUGAGCACAUGAAGCGCCACACCCUGGUGCACAGUAAGGAUAAGAAGUACGUGUGUAAGGUGUGCAGCCGUGUGUUCAUGUCGGCGGCCAGUGUGGGCAUCAAGCACGGCUCGCGGCGGCACGGCGUCUGCGCCGACUGCUCUGGCCGCGGCAUGGGCGCUCUGCUGGACCCUGGAGUGGACGGAGACGGAGACGGCGAGGCCGACGGCUCGCCCGAGCACGAGAUGUACGCGGCCGACGGCGACCAGGACCCAGACGCAGACGAGGAAAUGCUGCUGGGGGAGGCUGAGGAGGAGGCCGCAGGAGGAGCAGAAGGAGGAAGAGGAGGAGGAGGAAGAGGAGGAGGGAAAUGGAGAGAUCACUCAGGGACGGAGGACGGGACGGACGCGAACGAGAAGGAGGAGAGCGACUCGGCGCAGGAGAGCGACCCAAGGCCCGGCCGCGACAAGGACUUCGCCUGGAUCUCUUAGUCUCCCCUACCACGUCCACCACGGGAGGUCACGUCAAUUUUUUAGUUACCCCCCGCUCGGCGGUUGAAGAAGUGGAGGGGUCGGGUGUGUGUGUGUGUGCGCGUGUGUGUGUGUGUGUUAGCUGGCUUUAAGCGAUACCACCACCACCAGCACUAACACGCGUGACGUGACAACAUUGUUCUUACACACCUGUCCCUCACCUAUAGGUCGGUGUCAGCUGAGGGGCAGUUUGAGCUCUAUACACACGUGUGUGUGUGUGUGUGUGUAGAGCGUUUGCGAGAGUGGACGGUGCGGCUGGCUGGAUGGGAGAUGGACACUCUUGCUUUCAUGCGCCUGAGUCUUCUGAGGACCAGUCGAGGGUUCUGUGUUGAUGUUUUCGUUUGUUUUUCUUCGUCUCAUUUUGUAUAUUUCUUUUUCACGCAGAGAGAGAUUUUUCUCUAAGGCUCCCGAUAGCCACUACUUCCCUGACAGCCAUCGCCGUGGCGAUAUGAUGCUUUUUGACGGGUCAUGAAGUUACAGUGGAAAAGCUAUCUGCUAGUGGGGUUUUUUCACUCCUUGCAAUGCGGGUGUCUGUCUGCUUUUGGAGCGCUCGGGUGGAGUUGGGUGGGGAUGGGGGGGGGGGGGACGUUAUCUAUUGCAAAGCCGCUGAUGUCUGGCAUCCAUCAGACGGUGGCGAAGCACAUGCUUUUUCCUUCUGCAGACACACUGCUAGACUUGCACUUUAAGAGACAUCAAGAUUUCCCACUCCACCCUUCCUUCUCAAUCAACUCUCUCCCUCACUUCCUCCCUCCCUCCUUCCCUCCUCUCUCUCUUUCAACUUCCUGAUCCAGUGGUUUACAUUUGAAUUCCCAUUGAAGAAAUCAACAUUAUCGUGACCGCACCUACCUUUAUGGAUGCCCGGGUCCUUCUGACUGUUAGCUUUUGAGUAUUUGUGCUGAGAUUUUUUAUUUUUUAUUUUCAAUUUUUGCCAUGUACAGACAUCAGCUCACCUUGGGUUGACCGCCAUGAUGACUGGCCCCGCGGUGGUGGUCUUGGGCCUCAUGUACAUACAGUAGACAUAUGAAAACCACAUGACAAUGAGGCGGGGGCAGGAGGUGGGGGGGGGGGGGGGGGUGAGAACACUAUGCAGUAUGCAAGAACGCAUCACUCCAGUUUUCCACAGAAAGAGAGAGAGCUAUCUUAUCUGUGUGUGUGUGUGUGUGUGUGUGUGUGUGUGUGUGUGUGUGUGUGUGUGUGUGUGUGUGUGUGGUGUGUGUGUGUGUGUGUGUGUGUGUGUGCUCAUGUGUGUGAAGAAACAAAAGUACCUGCAUUAUAUCCUUGCAUGGAGAUUCUGCCCCUCCCUUUAUUCAAUGGGUAGAUGUCCAGCAGAAUUGUUUCUUGUUGUGAGUGUGUGCAUGUGUGUGUGAGUGAAACUCUUUUGAAUGUUAAACUGAGGAGGUUAGACUCCUGCAGUAACGUUAUGCCCAUGCAAGCCAUGCUCUUUGACUUGUAAAUAAAAACUCCUCCCUUUUCCUUGUUUACCCUGAAUUAAGUGCAGUAGAGAUUGCCUCUCACCCCCAACCUCCUUUCUCUCUCUUUAUUUAUAUCCCUUUCACACACGCACACAAACACACACACACACUGUACACACACACACACACACACACACACACUUCCAUUUAGAGUUUUUUCGACCCUAAUGGACUGAUCUCCAGGCCAGUGGACUCUUGGAAGCUCUGUCCUGUGACAGGGAAGGGUGGGAGGCUGUGCUCCGACAUGUUGAAUAUGUGGUAUUUAAAAAGGCGGAGAUGUGCAGAUGUGCAUCCACUUUUCUUACUCAAUGGACCUCGUCUCUCCCAUCCCAACGCUCCUGUGUUUUCUAACUCUGACUUCAUUUGGUUAAACAAAAAGAAAGAUGCUAUAUAAAAACCCAUCCCACUUGCUCCCUCCAGAGCGUACUUGCAGGAGGUGGCCUGUGUUGGUUGAUGUUUGUUUUCUUUUUUCUAAUUGUUUAUUUUGUUGAAAAGCUUAUUUAUUUAAAAAAAACAAAGUUUUUAUUGUGGAAUUACUGUUCGAUUUAGACAUUCCCCUCACCUGCUACCAUGCGCCCAGGCACAAGGAACGAGCCAGAAUGUGAGUGUGUUGCAGUGUGUGAGUGUGUGUGUGUAUGUAAGUGUGUGUGUGUGGGUAGGUGGAUGCAGGAGCAUGCAUGUGGUGUCCCUCUAUUUUCCAUUUUGAAAUUGUUUAAAUGUUUGUGCCAAGAUAUUUGAUGAUGGGAAUGAAAUUGAUUCUUGUCUUACUAUAAUUAACAAAUCUUUUAUUAUCUUAUUAUCAAUGUUAAUGUUAUUAUUAUUAUUAUUAUUAUUAUUACUACUAUUAUUUCUAAGUGCUGGAUGCUAAGCUUCAUUCUGGUGUGUUUAAUUUUAAUAUCUUUCGUCUUGUAUUAAGGGGAAAAAGACUUUUCUACUUUGCCUUGUUGUGGACAGCAAGCCAUGCGGCGUCUCAAAAACAUUUCUAUUGUGCCAGUUUCCUGCUUUUUUGGUUGGUUUUUACUAACUGUAUUUUCAUUUUACAGAGAAAGAGUACAAGAAGUUUGUCCAGCUAACUUACUGGUUAGAUGUUGUUGGAAAGGUGUAUAAAUAGCACAUGCUUCUAUAUUUACUAACAUACACUAAGUAAUGAAUAUUAUACCAAAAAAUAAUCAAGUAUACAUUGUAUACAUGAAGUGCUUUUGUUUCAGUAGUUGGUGUGCAGGUGCAACGCUUUGAAUUCAUUGUGAUUUUUUUGUUUGUUUGUUUGUUUGGAUUUGUUUGUUUGUUGGGAUUUGUUUGGGUUUCACUUUCUUUUGUUCUUAUCGUUUGGGAAUGCACAUAUUUGAUGUUCUGAUCUUAUGAGGAAGCUCUCGAAAAGAUCCAUUGUCAGAGCAAGGCGGCUUCAGAGCAAGCCGCUUUAACUCUGUUGCCCUGGGAGACGAGUUUCCAUGGUGUACGCUCUACUGUAAAUGAGACCGACACGCUUUUUCAGUCGGGAGAGGUGUGUGCAUGUUUGGACCCAUGGAAGAUGAUGAAGUCCAGCUGAUGAUGUGUGAGGUCACUCACCGCCAACCACCAUGUUCAUGCGUGACCCCCCCCCCACCCCCCCCACCCCCCCACACACACACAUAAUGCUCUCCAGACAGUGACAGCAUCUUCCAUUUCUAGGUAAAUUUUAAACCAUCCUUUUAAUCCUUUAGCAAAAAAUAAAAAAUAUUGGAAUCUGAUACAAAAAAUAAAAAUACGGAGAAAUCACUUGGUACAUUUGGAGAAAGUUCAGCUGAAUUUGUAUAAAGUUGUUUUUUUUAUAUAUAAGGACCAAUUGGGUUUUUGAGGCUGCAUACUGUUUGGGGGAAAAAGACAGUAUUGGCUUCUCUAGUGGUGCUUUAUUAGUUGAUCUGUACAUGAGGUGUGUACAUUCCUGCAUCUCCCGUUCAUGAUAAACAGGAUUGUUGAAGCGAGUGGAAACAACAAAAAAAGAAUAAUCAGGAAAACCCCUGCCGUUUAAAUCCACUGCCCUCCUAUGUGCCUCAAUGUAUUUGACCUUAAUGUGUGUGUGUGUGUGUGUGUCUGCGUGAGUGUGUGUCUGCGUGAGUGUGUGUUUGUGUACUGCAUACUCUGAGGAGAUGUGAGAAACAUGUCUUGACCCAGAAGGCAAUUUUGCUUUUUGUUUGUAUGUAUAUUGUUGCCAUCUAUAAAAUCACGAGGGAAAAGCCUGUUGUUUUAACUAUGAACUAAUCACGUGUAUUUGAAGCAGUGGGAUGUAAAUGGUUGUUUGUAUUGUUUUGUAUGUUUUUUUUUAAUUAUUAUUAUUGUUGUUAUUAUUAUUAUAAUUAUUAUUUGUGUCAGACCUGCUUUCCCUUCUCACCGUUGCACGCCUGAAUCCCUGUCUGUCAUACCAAAGCUGUGUAAGAGUCUGCUUUUUAGAGGCCCAUUUUGACUGAACUGCAAAACUGGAACCACACAUGGAAGAACAAUUACAAUUAUUAGUAGUAUCUUUCAACCAUCAUUUCCUGAAAGAGAUUUCAGACUUGUACAAGAAUAUUUGAAUAUGUUCUACAACUGAAGCCAUAGUCAUGGUCAUACUUAGAAGGAAAAAAAUUAUAACACAUAACGGUUUCACAUUCUUGCAUAUAGCUUUUGGGUUGGAUCUUUACAACGAGUGCAGUGUGUAUACCUCCAUAUAUAUAUAUAAAUCUAUAUAUAAAUCCGUAAUGAUAUAUUAGAUUAAUACAUUAUUUAUUUUUUCCAACAAGUUUUGAGUUGUAUUUCUGUCCAUGAAGGAUUGCACUUGAAACUGUUGUUUUGUUGGGGAUACCAUUUGAAUAUGACAUUUUUUUGUUCAUUGCUCUAAACCUGUGUUUCGUAAAUGAAGUGUUGAAUAUCAAACAAUCAAGGAGGAAGAAUAUCCCUCUAGUUUUUUUGUUUUUUUCAUGAUCUUUGUGGGAGAAGACAAGAGCUUCAUGCUGAAGUCCUGUGUGUGAUUGUUUUGAGAACUCACAAACUCUGGUCACAAGAGACCAAGACUACAGGGCCUAGAAUGCGCUUUUUGGAGCCUUUUUGACUACAUGUUUUGUGGAAAUAGCUUGAUUAUUAUACGCAAAAACCAAUCAGUUUCAAUAAAUUUGGGAAGUGCUGCUGAUAAAGUACUCAA